GCUAAGCGCGGGGCUGGGCGCGCGCUCCCGCGGAGUCGGAGCUGCAGAGGCUUCCGAGCUCGUCUUGGGCUUUUCAGGUCACCUGGCACUAGUAGGAAUCUGCUCCCCACGAAGAGAAAAUAUUCUGAAGGCAUGCCAGUCGACCUGUCAACCAGGAGCCCAUAAUGUCUCCUCAUCUUCAGUGUGGCUCCAUGCUCUCCACUGAUGCCACUCCAACUUUCUUUGGUGCCAUGGGAAAAACCUGAAGCACGAGCAGAGUCGCCUCCAAACCUGUGGUCACUUCCGUGUUGCAUGGCUGGUGCAGAGCAGACUAUUGGAAUUCGCUCUUGUGUUGUUGCCCUUUGUGUCUGAACCAAAGAAUGCGCCUCGUUCUCUAGUGCGUCUUGCUCUCUUCCUCAUUCAUUUCUGUCGCUUGUGCCUUCCCAUUGUCUUCUGUCAUCACGGGACACCCUUAAAAUUUCUCAGCGGACUCCUCGAGGGCUGGCCCAUGGCUCUCUAAGCCAGCUGUCCAAGGACUCUACCAUGAGGCACUGCAUUAAUUGUUGCAUCCAGCUGUUCCCCGAAGACACACACAAACAGCAAGUUGCCUGCCAAGGAGGCCCCCAUCACAGUCAUCAGGCGUGCCCCACUUGCAAAGGAGAAAACAAAAUUCUGUUUCGUGUGGACAGUAAGCAGAUGAACUUGCUUGCUGUUCUCGAAGUGAGGACUGAGGGCAAUGAAAACUGGGGUGGGUUCUUGCGCUUCAGGAAGGGAAAGCGAUGUAGCCUGGUCUUUGGAUUGAUAACAAUGACCUUGGUGAUGGCUUCUUACAUCCUUUCCGGGGCUCAUCAGGAACUUCUGAUUUCCUCCCCUUUCCACUAUGGGGGCUUUCCCAGCAGCCCCAGUGUGAUGGACAGCGAGAACCCGAGUGACGUGAAAGAGCAUCACUACCAGCCUUCUGUAAAUAACAUCUCCUUUGUGAAGGACUAUCCGAGCAUUAAACUGAUUGUCGACAGCAUCGCUGCCAGGAUUGAGUUCACAACCAGGCAGCUCCCGGACUUACAAGAUCUCAAGAGACAAGAGUUGCACAUGUUUUCUGUAAUCCCCAAAAAAUUCCUUCCUACUAGCAAGAGCCCUUGUUGGUAUGAGGAGUUCUCCGGCAGGAACACCACUGACCCCUACCUGACCAAUUCCUACGUGCUCUACUCCAAGCGGUUCCGCUCUACCUUUGACACUCUGCGAAAGGCUUUCUGGGGCCACCUGUCCCAUGUGCGCGGCAAGCACUUCCGCCUGCGCUGCCUGCCUCACUUCUACAUCAUUGGGCAGCCCAAAUGUGGGACCACUGACCUCUAUGACCGCCUCCGGCUGCAUCCAGAAGUGAAAUUCUCAGCCAUCAAGGAGCCCCACUGGUGGACCCGGAAGCGCUUUGGAAUUGUCCGCCUGAGGGAUGGACUUCGAGACCGCUACCCUGUGGAAGAUUAUCUGGACCUCUUUGACUUGGCUGCACACCAGAUCCAUCAAGGACUGCAGGCUGCCUCUGCUGAGCAGCCGAGCAAGAUGAAUAAGAUCAUUAUUGGAGAGGCCAGCGCCUCGACAAUGUGGGAUAACAAUGCCUGGACCUUCUUCUAUGACAACAGCACAGACGGUGAGCCACCGUUCCUGACCCAAGACUUCAUCCAUGCCUUUCAGCCUGAAGCCAGGCUCAUUGUCAUGCUCAGGGAUCCUGUGGAGAGGUUGUACUCAGACUAUCUCUACUUUGCAAGUUCAAAUAAAUCUGCAGAUGACUUCCACGAGAAAGUGACGGAGGCUCUGCAGCUGUUUGAAAAUUGCAUGCUGGAUUAUUCACUGCGAGCCUGUGUCUACAACAACACCCUGAACAAUGCCAUGCCCGUGAGGCUCCAGGUUGGACUGUAUGCUGUGUACCUUCUGGACUGGUUCACUGUCUUCAGUAAGGAGCAGUUCCUCAUUCUACGUCUGGAAGACCAUGCAUCCAAUGUCAAGUAUACCAUGCACAAGGUCUUCCAGUUUCUAAACCUGGGUAUGUGUCAUGCUUCAGACAGUGGGGCUCAGCACAAACACCAGGGAUAUGGGGUUUUGCAGGGUGUGUGUGUGUAUAUUUGCAGUGUGUGUACAGGUAAGAUGUCGACAUUGGUAUCUUCCUCUGAUGUCUCAUUGAACCCAGCUUGUUGUCUUGGUUAG